AUGGUAGCGCAGCUUGCUGCACUCGCGAGCCGCAACUCGUCGGUGAUGCGGUACGUGCAUGACCCUAACGUCAGCCGCAAAGCCGCGCUAGCCGAGAAGAACAAGCCGCACAGCACGCGCGAAGCGGGCGCGGGCGGCAGCUCCAACACCAUGCUGCGUCUCUACACGGAUGACAACAAGGGCCUGACAGUGUACGUGUGCCAUGCUGAUACCAUAGCGACCCGGUGA